AUGUCAGACGGCAAGACAUUCAAGCUAAGCAACGGCGUCACUAUCCCCGCCGUUGGCUUCGGCACCUUUGCCAACGAGGGCGCGAAAGGCGAAACAUACAAGGCCGUCACCCAUGCCCUGCGCGUCGGAUACCGCCAUCUCGAUUGCGCGUGGUACUACUUGAAUGAAGACGAAGUCGGUGAUGCUGUUCAGGACUUUUUGAAAGAAAACACCUCUGUAAAGCGCGAGGAUAUCUUUAUCACCACCAAAGUGUGGAAUCAUUUGCAUCGCUACGAAGAUGUGAUCUGGUCGUUGGAGAACUCUCUCAAAAAGCUCAAAACGAGCUAUGUCGAUUUGUUCCUGAUACAUUGGCCCAUCGCUGCCGAGAAGGAUGGCCAGGAGAAGCCUAAGAUCGGGCCUGAUGGAAAGUAUGUAAUCCUACACGAUCUAACUGAAAACCCCGAACCAACCUGGCGCGCCAUGGAAAAAAUCUACGAGGACAAGAAAGCCCGCGCGAUCGGCGUCUCAAACUGGACCAUCAAGGGUCUCGAAAAGCUCAAAUCCUUCGCCAAAAUCCAGCCACACGUCAACCAAAUCGAGAUUCACCCAUUCCUCCCCAACAACGAAUUGGUCGAGUACCUAUUCAAAAACAACAUCCUCCCACAAGCCUACUCCCCACUUGGAUCCCAGAACCAAGUCCCCAGUACAGGCGAAAAAGUCAACGAAAACGCAACCCUGAAAAAUAUCGCCGAGCGUCGUGGAUUCACUCUCGCGCAAGUCCUGAUUGCGUGGGGUAUUCGCCGCGGAUACGUCGUCCUCCCCAAAUCCUCGACGCCGUCGAGAAUCGAGUCGAAUUUCAAGUCUGUGGAAUUAACAGACGAAGAUUUUGCGGAUGUCAAUUCCGUUGCGGAUAAUCGUCAUUGCCGGUUCGUGAAUAUGAAGGAUACUUUUGGAUAUGAUGUCUGGGCUGAGGAGGAUUAA